AUGAAAAUUGUUGGCGACAUACAGUUUGCUACUCCUUGCCCGGGCCCACGCUCCAGUGUCCAGAUAAGCGAGCGCACGGGUCGCCGGUCGAAGCGGAUAUGCGGCACGCCGCUCUACUUGCCUUGCUUCCAUCGCCGCGUCUUCUCUCACAUAAACGCACGCUUCCAUCGGGAACAGACAGCGGUGCGUAGCAAAGGAAACACGGCGAGGCCGGCGAUGGAUGUCAAGUGCCGGCGUCUGGAGGGGAAGGUGGCCGUCGUGACGGCUUCCACGCAGGGCAUCGGCCUCGCCAUCGCCGAGCGCCUCGGCCUGGAGGGCGCCGCGGUCGUCAUCUCCUCCCGCAAGCAGAAAAACGUGGACGAGGCGGUGGAGGGCCUCAGAGCAAAGGGGAUCACCGUGGUCGGGGCCGUCUGCCACGUCUCCAACGCCGAGCAGCGCAAGCACCUCAUCGACACGGCCGUCAAGAAUUUCGGACAUAUUGAUAUUGUUGUCUCCAAUGCCGCUGCAAAUCCUUCUGUGGAUAGCAUACUAGAGAUGAAAGAGUCAGUUCUUGACAAGCUAUGGGAUAUUAAUGUCAAAGCUUCUAUUCUUCUACUUCAGGACGCCGCACCACAUUUGAGGAAGGGAUCAUCUGUGAUACUAAUUUCUUCAAUUGCUGGCUAUAAUCCUGAUGCAGCUUUAACGAUGUAUGGUGUUACAAAGACUGCCCUUUUUGGUCUCACGAAGGCUCUUGCUACUGAGAUGGGCCCAAAUACCCGUGUUAACUGUAUAGCUCCUGGGUUUGUUCCUACACGCUUUGCUGGUUUCCUCACAACUAAUGAGACCAUCAGAAAUGAACUUAUCGAGAGGAGCAUACUUAAGAGAUUGGGUAGCGUGGAAGACAUGGCUUCAGCUGCCGCUUUCCUGGCAUCCGACGAUUCAUCCUUCAUUACAGCUGAAACAAUUGUUGUUGCUGGAGGAACACAAUCAAGACUAUAG